AUGUCGUCGCUCAAACAUGAGGAAAAGAUCGGCGAGUACGUCGCAUCGGCGCCUCUAUCAGAUACUCCAUACGAAGAAGGCGAGAUUGUAGAGAACAGCGACCACCUCCACCGUCGACUUGGCAACAGACAGAUCCAGCUGAUGGCCAUUGGUGGCACAAUUGGAACUGCUCUCUUCGUCAGUAUUGGUGGCGGUCUCUACAAGGGCGGUCCUGGUAGCUUGUUCCUCGCCUACACAAUCUAUGCUUGUUUUUUAGGCUUGGUCAACAACUGUAUCGCUGAGAUGACUACCGCGUACCCCGUGUCUGGCGGGUUUAUUCGCCUGGCUGGUCACUUCGUCGACGACGCAUUCGGUUUCAUGGCAGGCUACAACUUCUUUAUCUAUGAGGCAUUAUUGAUCCCCUUCGAAAUCACUGCUCUAUCCACUGUGCUCGACUUUUGGUCUGAUGACAUCCCACCGUGGGCAAUUCCUUUGGCCUGUAUCAUUCUCUAUGGUAUCCUCAACGUUCUUGCUAUCAAAGUCUUUGGAGAAGCAGAAUUCUGGCUGUCAGGAGGAAAAGUCAUCCUCAUCUUCAUCGUCUUCUCAUUCACCUUCAUUACCAUGGUCGGAGGUAACCCUCAACACGACGCAUACGGUUUCCGCAACUGGAAGACCAAUGCCUUCAAGGAGUGGAGAAGCGAAGGAACCCUCGGUCAGUUUGAGGGUUUCUGUGCCGCUCUUUGGUCAGCGUCCUUCUGCGUUACCGGUCCCGAGUAUAUCUCGAUGGUCUCUGCCGAGGCUAGACGCCCACGCAUCUACAUCAAGAACGCCUUCAAGACUGUGUACUGGAGAUUUGCUCUCUUCUUUAUGGGAGGUGCAUUGGCCGUCGGUAUUGUCCUUAGUUCGACCGACCCUACCUUGACUGGCAUCAUCACUGGUGAGACUAGUGGAUCUGGAACAGCUACUGCUUCACCUUACGUCAUUGCCAUGAAGAACAUGGGCAUCAACGGACUACCCCAUCUUGUCAGCGCUCUUCUGGUGACAUCCAUCUUCAGUGCUGGUAACACAUACACCUUCUGCGCCACUCGCAGUUUGUAUGGAAUGGCCCUCGAAGGUAGAGCUCCUAAAGCCCUCCGCUACUGCACCAAGAGCGGCGUACCUCUUGUCUGCUUUGCCAUAGUUAUGGUCUUCCCUUGCCUUGCUUUCCUGCAGGUUAGCAACGGCUCGAACGUCGUUUUGGGAUGGCUCAUCAACCUCGUCACUGCUGGAGGCGUCAUCAACUACCUGGUUAUGUGCAUCACAUACAUCUUCUUCUACCGUGCUUGCAAAGCUCAGGCCCUUGAUCGCAACACUCUUCCCUACAAGGGUUGGUUCCAGCCAUACUCUGCAUACCUUGGUGCAGCUUGGAUGACCAUGAUCGUCUUCUGCUACGGAUACACUAGCUUCGCGCCAUUCUCCGUCGACAACUUCUUCAUCUACUACACCCUACUUCUCUUGGCGCCUGUCACUUACUUCGGCUGGAAAUUGAUCAAGCGUACCCGUAUCAUCCCAGCGCUGGAGGUUGACCUUGUCUGGGAGCGUCCCACGAUCGAUGCUUACGAGCAGACCUUCAUCGAUCCUCCUCAAAGUUUCUGGGGAGAAAUGCUUGGUCCAUUGAGAUUUGGCAAGAACAAGAAAAGCAGUGACAGACAGUUGAGCGUGUCUGCUUGA